GUUCCCCGAGCUAGAGAGCCCUGGGCUCAGCAAGGCCCUCCGCACGGCGGCCUUCGCCUAUCCCUUCCUGUUUGACAACCUCCCGCUCUUCUAUCGGCUCGGGCUGUGCUGGGGCAAAGGCCACAGCUGUGGGCAGGAGGCGCUGAGUCCCAGCCACGGCUACCACCUCCUCUGUGCGCUGCUCACGGGCUUCCUCUUUGCCUCCCGCCUGCCAGAGCGGCUGGCACCGGGACGCUUUGACUACAUCGGU